AGUCACAUGAGCGCUGUCCCGUGACGUGUGCGAGCAAAUAACGGGCGCGAGGCGUGUCACGGGCGCAGUGUUGUUAUUGGGCAGCGCCUCUUUCACAGCAUCCAACUCGCGACACACUUUAGUUUGAUCCGCCGGCUCGGCACGUCUCGUCUACAUCGGACCGUGUGCGGCGCAUGCGACCCGGGACGCCUUCCGGCAGAGACGCGCCGCUGGGACAGGCAGCGCUCAGCUGAUCGCCGACGGGACGCGCUGCGAGCCGGAAGCGGGGGACUGAGCAGACGUGGGGCUCGGAGAGCCUGUCAGUCAUGUCGAACGAACACACGCCCCUCAUCUCCUCGGGGAUGUGCGGCCUCUCCAUCGCCGCGGUGACAUGCGGCGCCGACGCCGACGCGGCGACUAAAGACCCCCGAAAGCUCAACACCUUCUUCGGGGUGAUGGUGCCGACCGUCCUCUCCAUGUUCAGCAUCGUCCUGUUCCUCAGGACGGGGUUCGUGGUCGGCCACGCGGGGCUGUUACAGGGUCUCGUAAUGGUGGUUGUAGCUUAUACCAUCAUAUCCCUCACAAUCCUCUCCAUCUGUGCCAUUUCCACCAACGGCGCUAUCCAAGGCGGUGGAGCCUACUACAUGAUAAGUCGAUCUUUGGGCCCGGAGUUCGGAGGAAGCAUCGGUCUCAUGUUCUUCCUGGCCAAGGUGUUCGCAUGUGGAGAAUACGUCCUCGGUCUCGUGGAGGCCGUUCUUGAUGUAUUUGGCUCAGAUCCUGAGUCCUCGGUGUCGGGGGGCGUGCGGGUGCUCCCUCAGGGCUACUGGUACACGGUGCUCUACUCCUCCGUGGUCCUCCUGCUCUGUCUGCUCGUGUGCCUGGUGGGCGCUCACAUCUACUCCCGCACGGCCUUCGUCAUCCUGCUGGUGGUCACCGUCUCGCUGCUGUCCGUCUUCGUCAGCUUCGUGGCGGUGCGGCCGCAGGUCUUCGUCAUCGCCCACCGGGGCCCCGGCAACCAGACCAGCCGCUACAACGCCAGCUACACGGGCUUCAGCGGCGCCACCCUGAGGAGCAACCUGGGCUCCGGAUACUCGCUGGACUACAGCACCGGCUCCGUCAUGUCUUUUGCCACCGUGUUUGCCGUCAUGUUCACGAGCUGCACGGGGAUCAUGGCCGGAGCCAACAUGUCAGGGGAGCUGAAGACUCCGAGCGUGUCCAUCCCCAAAGGCACCAUCGCCGCCGUCUUCUACACCUUCAUUGUUUACGUCCUGCUCUUCAUCAUGGUCAGCGCCACGUGUGACAGGACCCUGUUGAUUCAGGACUACGGGUUCUUCCAGAAGAUCAACAUCUGGUCACUGUUCGUCACCAUUGGGAUUUACUGCGCGUCCCUGUCGGCCGCCAUGUGCGCCAUGAUCGGAGCGUCUCGUAUCCUCCACGCUCUCGCUCUGGACCACCUCUUUGGUCUGCCGUUGGCGCCGGCUGCGGUCACGUCCAGCUCGGGGAACCCUUGGGUGGCGGUGCUGUACACGUGGGGCCUGGCGCAGUGCGUGGUGUUCGCAGGUCACCUGAACGCAGUAGCGAGCCUGGUCACUGUCUUCUACCUGCUCGCCUAUGCUGCGGUUGACUUGGCCUGUUUGGCUCUGGAGUGGGCGUCCGCACCAAAUUUCAGACCCACCUUCCAGCUCUUCUCCUGGCACACCUGCCUGCUCGGGAUCCUGAGCUGCUUGGUCAUGAUGUUCGUCAUCAACCCCGUCUACUCCUCGGGCAGCAUCGUCCUCCUGUUGCUGCUGCUGCUCUUCCUCCACUUCCGCUCGCCGACCAGCAGCUGGGGCUACAUCAGCCAGGCUCUCAUCUUCCACCAGGUGCGUAAGUAUCUGCUGAUGCUGGACGUGAGGAAGGACCACGUGAAGUUCUGGAGGCCGCAGGUGCUGCUGAUGGUGGCCAACCCGCGCUCUUCCUGUCAGCUCAUCCUGUUCGUGAACCAGCUGAAGAAGGGAGGGCUGUAUGUGCUGGGCCACGUACAGCUGGGAGACCUGGACUCGCUGCCGUCGGACCCGGUCCAGCAGCAGUAUAACUUCUGGCUGAGCCUGGUGGAUAAACUCGGGGUGAAGGCCUUCGUAGACCUGACGCUGUCUCCCUCCGUCCGACAGGGAACACAGCACCUGCUGCGCAUCACAGGCCUGGGUGGCAUGAAGCCCAACACGCUGAUCUUGGGUUUCUAUGACGGCUCCACUCCCGAAGACUUUUUCCUGCAAGAUCGCGCGUUCUGUGACUCGUCCAAGAAGCAAGGCAGCGAGGGCGAAUAUAACUUUGGGGUGGACUUGCCCUCGUUGCAGGCGCAUUUCCCACCGGUCCGGCACGUGGAGAGCCCGCGCUGGCUCUCGCCCGAGGAGUACGUCGGCAUCAUCUCCGAUGCCCUCAAAAUGAACAAGAACGUGUGCCUGGGCCGCUACUUCUUCCAGCUGGAGGGCGAGGGCAAAGACAGCAAGGUGGACGGCUCUGAGCGGACGAUAGACGUGUGGCCCCUCAACCUGCUGCAGCCGAGCAGCGGCGGCUACGAGGACGUGUGCAGCCUCUUCCUGCUGCAGAUGGCCUGCGUGCUCAACAUGUCCAGCAGGUGGCGCCACGCGAGGAUGCGGAUCUUCCUGAACGUGCAGACCGAGUCCGGGGACCAGGGAUGGGUGGUGAACGAGGAGACCUUCCGAGAGCUGCUGCGGAAGCUGAGGAUCAGGGCGUCCAUAAAGAUCGUGCCGUGGGACUCGGUGGUGGAGCGGCGCCAUGCGGAGCCGACGGGGGUUCGGGAUGAUGGCUUCGCGUCGGCGGUGAACUGUAUGUUGGUGGAGCACAGCUCGCAGGCUGCAGUUCGCUUCCUGUACCUGCCGCGGCCCCCCGCUGAGCGCAGCCAGUCACAGCAGUACAUCGACCAGCUGGACGCGCUGACCAGCGGUUUAGGACCCACUCUGCUGAUCCACGGGGUCACGCCGGUCACCUACACUGAUCUCUGAGCACGGGAGUUUCCUUCAUGUUUCCUCACUGAGUGUCAUGGCUGCUUAUUUAAAUGUACUGUAAAUUAGCUCAUACAGUAAUAUAUCGGGAGGGGGAUGUUUUGCACAGUGUGUAGCACCGGUCACUGUGCUCUCAGCUCAUACUGGUUUUUGACCAUUUGCUUAGUUUUCUCUUAUCAAGCUUAAAGAUCGAGCGAUUGCUGAGUCUGUGUCCAUGUUUUAUGUUGUGUCCUCUCAUAUACAUUCAUUAAACGAAACUAUGUGUCAAAUAAGCAAAGCGGUUACUAACUUUGUGUUUAUGUAUAUUGCAGUAAUUGUUCUGCUCAAUGAUUUCUGCUACAUUUCUACUGGUUGCUGGUCUAAGUGGCUCAAAUACGUUUUGUUCUUUAAUCGCACUGGCCUUAGAAUUUUUUUUCUCAUGCACUCAACAUAAAGUGUUUAUAUGUGUUCGCUUUUCACAAAGGGAAGCUUUUGCUACACGUGAUCUCGUCCUAACAUCUUCUCACUUGGGCAGAAAGGAGUCUUUUUAGCCCGACUGAAACCAGCUAUCACAUUUUUACUCAACACUAAAUUCACCAUAUUAACAGCCAAUAAAAUAUUACCCCACCUUU